AUGGUGAGAGGAAAAACGCAACUGAAGCUAAUCGAAAAUGAGUCCUACAGACAAGUAACUUUCUCAAAGAGAAGAAAUGGGUUGCUCAAAAAGGCUUUUGAACUAUCAGUUCUAUGUGAUGCUGAAGUGGCACUCAUCGUCUUCUCUUCCACAGGGAAACUCCAUGAGUUCUCCAGUUCAAGUAUAAAUAAAACAGUAGAACGCUAUCAACGGAAAGUCAAGGACUUGGCUCUUAGCACCAAAGAAAUCCAAGAAAACACACAGGUUACUCCUUCAUCGAACUUGCAAUGUGAUAUCAACACAACAAAGAAGUUGGAGCAACUAGAACUUUACAAAAGGAAGCUGGUGGGAGAUGAAUUGGAUACAUGUGGUAUUGAAGAAUUACAAAAGAUUGAAAAUCAACUGGAAUGCAGCUUAAGCAAAAUUAGGGCAAGAAAGAAUCAACUCUUCAGGGAGCAAAUUGAAAAGCUAAAAAAACAGGAAUGGUGCCUACUUGAUGAAAAUAGACGCUUACGUGAGCAAUGUGGAAUUGGACAACAAGAUAUAGAACUGUUAACAGAAAGUGAGCUAGGUGAGGAGGUGGAGACGGAAUUGUUCAUAGGGCGACCUGAGAAACGAAUGAAUUGA